AUGACGGGAAACUUUUUUUUCUUUUGGCCUGGCUCCAAGCUGCCAGACUCGCCCAUUCAACCUGGAAUUGAAGGAUCCCACUCGGCGUGGGGACUGCGGGUGAAUCUUGCAAAUGACUCCGGUGCGGGCUCCCAAUGUCUACGUGUCCCCGAUCCCCCGGGUGACGAGAGCCGUCGCCCCCAGGUGCCAGCUUGCAUGCACGCUUCAGUCCCUGACUCCCUUCCUCCCCUCCGAACAUCGCCAUAUCCGUCCGAGCCGAGGUGUCUCCGCCGACAACUUGACGUUCGCAUUGAAUCACUAACAAUAGCUGAUAGCUCCACUCGCCAUAUGUUCCUACCUAAAUUCAUCAUGGCUUUCGUAUUCCCACGAGUAUUAGGUGCAGCAAUAAUGUUUUUCAGAAACAACCAAGUACUUCACGACUGA